UUAUGUUUAAAAUUAAGUAUGCUAUAUUUUAUCUAUAUUUCAAUUAAACAAAAUGGCUGAAUUGCUUUUGAAAUAAUUAUAUUUCGUAAGAAAGUUUAAAAAAAGCUUUAAAUAUGUCUAAAAAAGAACCAAAUGAUCGGAACGAAAGAAAGUUGGAAACAAGCGAUUAUGAACACCUUAUUUCUCAACAUAGCAUUUUCGAAUCUUCAAAGCCAAAACAUCAAGAAUUGCCAAGUUUUCCCGGUUUUUCUAACGCUGAAACUCAAACAAAACCAAGUGAUAUAAAGGGACAAGGCCUUCAAAGUGGCCUAGGAGCAUGGCACUACAAUCCUUGGUGGAUGCUAGCUAGUACGUCACGAAGUGUUCCUUCCCAAGAUGAUUUCUCAGAAAACAGUGACCAAACAAAAGUAAAACAAGAACCCAGCGGGACAGGUACUCCUGAUACAGAUCCUCUACAGAAUGACCUAGAUCAUUUUCAAACUACACCUACUCCUCCACCGCCCGCGGGAUUAGACUCAUUCUGUGACGACUGUUCAGAUCCUUUCUGUGAUUCCAGUGCGGCUAUAUGUCGUAAAUUAUUCCAUUGUCCUCAUUGCAGAAAGAGUUAUCCUACAAUUCUAGAAUUUAACACACAUUUGACAGGAGUACAUCCUGCACAAAAACCAUUCCGAUGCCAAAUCUGCUUGGAACCUUUUUACAAAAAAUCACAUUUACGACGGCAUUUAGAUGCAAGCCAUACUCGAAAAGAUGUAAAUAAGUGUUCAGUGUGCUCAAAAUACAUUAAAGAUAAAAGUAACUUAAGAAAACACAUGCAAGUUCACACAGGCCGUGUACCUCAGAAGCAGUUCAAAUGUGAUUUAUGCAACAAUAAACGUUACAUGUCAUUAGACAGACUUAACAAUCACAAGGUUGUUUGUACAGGAGAGAAAGUAUUAAAAUACUGCGAUAUGUGUACUAAAGUCUUUGACAAUUCAAGGUCUUUAAACAGCCACAAAAAAGUACAUGCUAGAGAAUUAAAGUGUGAAAACUGUGGGGAACAAUUUCGUUCAUUAGAACAAUUUAACAAUCACAAAAUGAUCUGUCUAGUAAACUCACAUGAUGCUGGUGGCAGUACUUCAACAAAUACUUCAGGAUCUGCAUUAAGCCGUUGUUGUACACAGCCAGGCCUCUGUGAGCAUGACAAACCAGCUUACUUGAACAUACCUAGUUACGCUGCUGGCAGAGUACUAGAAGCCACACUUACAUCUUUAAAAUCAGAAUUGAACUGAUGAAUAGUAUGAACCAAUAUUUUACAAGUAGAUUGUAAUACAAAUUUUUCUGAUUUUAUUUUAUACAGUUUACCAAAUGGUUGAAUCAAUGACAGUAAUAAUUUACACAAUUGAGAAUUUCACAAGACUGAUGCAAAUAUCCCGCCUCACAACUUGCUUUAUUAUUACCAUUUAAAUUUAGAAUGUAGUGAUUAAGUAUAAUACAUUAUAAAUAAGUAUUACUAUUUGAGCAUAUUUAAGAGGAUGUAGUAAAUAUUGCGUCGUAACUCCUACUGUUUUUAUGGAUUAAAAGAAUAUGCUCAAAUGGUUACCCACCUCUUAUUUUGUAACAAUAUUAUAGUACACCUGUAAGUUUCCACUGAACAGCUUUACUAAUUACAAACCAGACCAGACUUAUUGUACUUUAAAAAUGACAGAUAUUAUUUAUUGUUUGAAUGUACGCCUUGACUGAUUUAGAUUAAUGACUAUUAGUAUGCAGUAUUACAAUUAACAUUUUUUUUUAUUUUUCUAUUUUGGAAAGUUGUAAAAGCUAUAUGUUUUUUUAUAAUUUUUAGAAAAUAGUUUAUAAGUUUUAUUUUUAAAUUGUUGGUAGUGUCUGUACAUGAAGCAUAUUUUAUAUUUCUGAUGCUUCAAUGUACAUCUUGCUCCAAAUAUUUUUUUAAUUGUAGCUGUAUAUUGAUUAUUAAGUAUGUAAUCUGAAUAUUUUCUAAAGACAAUUAUGUAUGAGACUUGUUUUAUAAUAUUAGAUAUAGGCAAACUUUGUGAAGUGCAAUGACCGUUGGCUAAGCCGUAAGCAAUUUAUGGAAAGUUUUGUUGAGUACACUCACUCAAAUAUUUAUUCUAGAAGUGUUAUACACUUAAAACUAUUUGCUUAUAUCCAUAGGAUUCAAUUUUAAGGGCUUAUUAAACCUAAAAAUGUUGAAAGUAUGAACCACAAAAUAUAAAGUUUUUAUAUUGAUCUUUAUCUUUAAUAGACCAAUUAUUGGUCUGGUAUAGUAGGUCCUUAAUAAAAUGAUAUUUAAAGUUUUAUAUUUUUUGUAAAAUAAGGCUUCAUAUUUAUGAGCUUUAUUAGUUUUAUUAUUUAAUGAAUGAAUUAUAUUUUCAUGUUCUCUAUCUUUAACAUACAAAUUUUAAUAUUAUUUAAUUUUAUUUUAUUACAAGUUAUUCAAAAAUAAGACUUCUAUUUCGAGGCUUUAUAAUUCAUGUUUAGUUGUUGCUAUUUACAAUUGUUUUUACAUACAAUGUGUUUAAUUUUUAAUAUAAGAAUAGUCUAGUUUUAUACAUUAUAUUAUAGCAUAAAGCUAGGUACACAUUUAUUGUUUAUGUAUAUCUAUACUUGUGUAUGAUAUAUUUUUAUCUUAGAACAUCUUUUCGAAACUGAAUUACAAACUUUUUUGUAAAAAAAGAAUUAACCCAUUAUACAAUCUACACUUUUCCCAUUUAUGGCCUACCGUGUUUCAACAUUGGGUACUAUGGCGCGACUCAGCCGGAGCUACACGCCCUUUCAUUUCAUUUAUCAUUGUGUUUCUUUAUUAAGUUUCCGUUAUGCUCCAUCCAACGCUAACUUUGCCGUAGGUUGGCUAGGCGCGAAAUCGUGCAAUAAGAGGCUUGGGUAUCAGUCAAUUACAACUAAGACAAUAAAGAUUUGCAUAUUGUUAUAAGAUCAGUGAUACAAAAUUGGAGGCAUAAUAAAAGGUAUAAUUUUAAUUUCAAACUUCUAUAUUAUCAAAACAUUGUGUGCAAGAUAAUUUAUAUGUAUCGUUACGUUAUAGUUCGUCUUGAUACAUUACUGAUUGAGAAGUUCAAAACUGACAUAAUUUAAAGUAAUGUUUAAGUUAAGAUAAACUUUACUUUUAAGGAAUCUUUAAAAACGUAAAUGCAAUAUUAUUAUUUAAAUUAUUAUAUAUUAUUGUUACAAAAUUAACAACGCAAUCAAACAAAUUGUGUCCAAAGAAAUACAUUUUACGAGUAUUUAUCUAAAACAUACAUAUAUGAUUCGCCUGUACAAAUAUUGUAACUGUGCCGUUCUGGAGUUUGCACCAAUCGCAUAUUAGGUAAUUAAGUAGUUUGAUACGAAUUGUUUUAAAUAAAAUAUAUUUAACGCGUGUUAGCCUACCGUGUAUUAAAAAAAGUAUAGUCAGCACUAUAUUGGAGUUUAGUUAUAUACAAGCCGUAACAGCCUGUGAAUGUCCCACUGCUGGGCUAAAGGCCUCUUCUCCUCUUUUUGAGGAGAAGGUUUGGAGCUUAUUCCACCACGCUGCUCCAAUGCGGGUUGGUAGAAUUCACAUGUGGCAGAAUUUCAGUGAAAUUAGACACAUCAUGCAGGUUUCCUCACGAUGUUUUCCUUCACCGUAAAGCACGAGAUGAAUUAUAAUCACAAAUUAAGCACAUGAAAAUUCAGUGGUGCUUGCCCGGGUUUGAACCCACGAUCAUCGGUUAAGAUUCACGCGUUAUAUACAAGGCUAGAAAUUAAUUAAAAUAAAAUAACAAUCCGGAACUGAGUGAGAUGUAAAUAACUAUUACAGAGUCACUUACUGCGACUUUAUAAAAGGCACAGUUAAAAUAUUUACAUUAAUAAUUUAUUUCAAUUCAAUAUAAAAAGCUUAAAUCGAAAAAAAAUAUAUACAUAUUAUUUAAUUUUUAAGAUUAUUUUAGCAUCUUUGUGCUAUGGUACAAAUAAUGAUCAGAACUUAACCUAACGAAUUUUCUUUAUUUUUCAAUCAUUUUAUAUUACACCGUAUAUUUUUUUGUAGAGUUUAGUAUGGUGUUAUACAUAAUUUAUGCACCUAGAAAUAAGAAAAAAUGUGUUCAUAUGAAUUUAGUUAUGAUACUUAUAGCAAACCUAGUUUUAUGAUUACAGUUCAGUACAGCUGUCAAACAGUGCAAUUUCUGCAUAGAUAUUCUUAUUCCACCGAAAUUGUACGCUACCUUAGUUGCAGAAAAUAAAUAUUGUACCUACCAAUGUUUGCAACUUUAACAUUUGAAGCAAUUGUGAAAGCAUUCUGCUAUUGUUACCUAAAGUUAUAAACAGAUUCUUAUAUUAGACUCGUAACUCCUAGAUAUUAGCUAACGAACUAAAAUAUUGUAAUGAAAAUACAAAUGUCACGAAUAAACGAAAUUACUUUCCGUUAA